AUGCUUCAUUUGUUUCAUUUUUGUGACAAAUUGACAACCUUAGCUUAUAUUCAUUCUCAAGUAAAGCUUCGUUCUCAUAUAGCCAACACUACCGGCCUCAUUGAAAGUGAAGUGAAAUUAAUGAGCAAUAUAAUGGAGGAUUUGGUCAUGAAUGAAACAAUGUCCGGAAGUUCAAUAGCAGAGUCAUGUAAACAGCGAAUUAGAGGUGAUGAAGUCCCCAAGGCCAAGGGUAUGAAAGUUCCAAAAUGGGUGGAAUCCUUAACAAAGAAAACAUUUUUUGGUAGCUGUCCAGUCCAUGAUGAGCUUCAGAACUGUGAAUUGAAUGGGUAUUGCAUUGAAUGUGAUUUAGCUCUUUGCAAGCACUGCAUUAUCUCAUCAUCUCAUCAUCAUCAACACAACAUGCUCAAGAUUUAUCGACAUGUGUACCAGGAUGUUGUUCUCUUGGAUGAGAUAAGACCAUACCUUGACAUCUCCAAAAUCCAGACAUACAAAUGCAACAAGAAGUGGAUAAUAUCUUUCAACCCACUACCACACAGUGGUUCAGGCUCACAAUGCUCUGACCAGAGAGAGUCUUGUGAUAUAUGCAAAAGGAAAUUGCGCGAUCCUCAUCUCUAUCGCUUCUGUUGUAUUGCAUGCAAGCUGGAAGCUUGUGCAAAGAAGUCAAUCGAGAAUACUGAUGAUGAGGAGAAUCAAAACACAAGUUCCCGCAAACGCAAAAGAAAGGCAACUCCCCACCGAGCACCCUUCUUCUAA